CUUCUGCCCUCUAUAAGGUCAGAGAUGUCAGAGCUCUAACGGUCCGUCCAAUUUGAGCACAAUGAAAAGUUCUGAUGUCAACGACAGCCAGACAUGCCAGGAGACUUCUGAGCUCUCAAGAGCUUUGUCCAAGAAAAGAUUCAAUUUUAAAGGUUUCCUCAGGAGGAAUGCUUUUGUUCUUCUCACUCUAGCUGCUAUAGCCAUUGUUAAGUAUUUGUUUUACUUAAUCAUCGUUAUAAAGUGACACUGUGUUUAAAUAUCAAUGUUGAAUGGAUGUAUUCCAUAAACAUUUUCUAUGACCUCUUUGAUCUAAUCUGAGAGAGUUCCUACUUGUUAGCUUUCAUGCUAUGCUAGCAGUAAAUAUUACAGUUAACCAAAACAAGCACUUGAAUGGCAAAUAGUAACACAACCUUUUUUAAUCACGUAUUUCAUUGAAACAUUUUAAAACAUAUUGUUCAUGGAUGUUAAAAUAGAUCUGACCUUACAAAAGUCGUGGAGCAGCAUCUGGUGGAUUUGAUCUGUUAUAAAACUCUUCUCCGUUCACCUGAGUCCUGUUUUACAUCACAGGCGUGUUAAUGGAGAUUGCCCCUGUUUUUUGCAUAAUGCUAUUUUCCAGCAUACUUUGAGUAUUGACUGCAAUGCAUUUUGUAUUUUUGUGAAUGAAUAGUAAUUUGAGAAACACACUGACAUGUUGACCUUUUUUUGCAUUUCUUUGAGGGGUUGGCUCUGCAAUACAGUAACAUGACAUCCAGAGAUAAACAAUACUUCACCUUUCCUGGAGAGCUGUUGAUGCGGAUGCUACAGAUGCUGGUGCUUCCUCUCAUCACAUCCAGUCUGAUUUCAGGAUGUCGUCUAUGGACAAGAAGGCUUUUGGGAAAUUGGGGCUCCAGGCUGUUUGCUAUUACACGGUUACAACCCUCAUAUCUGUGUUCAUCGGUUCAUCGGCAUCGUCCUGGUUGGGAAAUCACACGGGAACGCCUCAGCGCCCCCUGGUGGCGAGGUGGAGGCUGUGCAGACUGUGGAUGCCUUUUUGGAUCUCAUGAGAUGACACAGCACCGAUGCCAGGCACCUCAGAAGGGGUCAAUAUUUUGGGUUUAUUGGUCUUCUGCAUCGCCUUUGGACUUAUCCUGGAUAAGGAGAAUGAGGCAAAACCUCUGAGGCAUGUUUUUGACUGCCUGAAUAAAGCCACCGUGCAUCUGAUCAGCAUAGUAAUCUGGUACUCCCCAGUGAGAGUCCUCUUCUUGAUCGCAGGACCGAUUUUGAAGCUGAGAGACAGUAGGGGUAUAGGUCUCCAGAUUGCAAUGUAUGCUCUCACUGUGAUCCCUGGACUCUUCAUCCACAGCUUCAUCAUCCUCCCCCUCAACUAUCUCACGGUCACACGUAAGAAUCCCUUCAGGUUUAUGACUGGUACUACCACCUUUGGGACUUCAUCCAGCACUGUGACUCUACCGAUCGCCAUCCGCUGCCUGGAGGAGAAUCUCAACAUGGACAAACGGGUGACACGCUUCAUGCUGCCUUUAGGUGCCACAAUUUCCAUGGAUGGCACAGCACUUUAAGAGACGGUAGCUUCCAUAUUCAUCGCCCAGAUUUAUAAUACGGAGCUGGAUCUGGGUGAAGUCAUCAUCAUCAGUAUCACUGCUACAUCAGCAGCUUUUGGGGCCUCAGGCAUCCCUCAGGCCGGCACCGUAUCCAUGGUGAUAGUGUUGACAUCAGUUGGACUCCCUCUUGAAGGCAUUUCUUUUAUCAUCAGCAUUGACUGGAGGCUAGAUCGUUUGAGGACGACCACCAACGUGCUUGCUGACUGUAGUGUGGGUGUUGUGCAGCAUCUCUCCAGACAUUAGCUGCAGAGCUCCAGUCUUACAGAAGAAUGCUUAGUGGAUGAAAAAAAAGAGAGACUUUCUAACUGAGAGGUAACACCACAGUGCACUCCUGCUAUUCCUGCAGCAACAAGUUGAGAUUCGUAGUGAGGUCAAAUUCAAGCUGAAAUUAUCUUUAUUAAAAUGCACAAUGGCACUGGUGCAGACGUAUAAUAUUGAACUUAAAAUAUACUUGGAC